CAAAUUUACGUCCUCUUCUGCGCUUCAAAAGCUCGUUUCUUCCUCCAAUUUCUUUCUUACUUUCGUUAUUCGACUUUGACACACGUUGCUGCGUCGUCAAUCGAUUUGCGCUGCCUCUCACUGCUGAUAUUUUUGCUCAAUAAAUAUUCGACCUCUUCUCUCAAUGACCCAGGGAUUCACACUCUCAUACUCCCCUUACACAUUGCCCAAAGCCAUGCCUCAUCCCAAGAUCCCAGAUUCAUCUACCGUUCCGGUAACGCAACAGACUGCUCCAAUAUUCAGUCUUCCUCCUGAUAUUUUGUACCAUAUCUUGUGGGACCUUUCUGGUGGAUGGGUGACACUUGACCCAACCACAGACAUCUGGGUCUUCACGCGUGUAUCGCGCUCUCUUCGUUUUGUCGGCUUGAGUUUCGCUAAUCUAUGGGCGCGAAUCAGCUUAGAGCCAGAUGAUAUCAGGAAAUAUAAAAGAAAUGCGGUUAAUAUUCUUCACGCCAUUCUCGACAGGAGUACGGUGAAUAUAUCUGGAAAUGGCCAUGAUGGAACUCUUUUGCGUCUUCGGGUGUAUGCAGAUAUGCUGUUGAUUCACGCAAAUCUUCUUGACAUCCUGACAGCACAUUAUACUCGCUGGUAUUCUCUCGAUUUACACAUCUCCUUGUUCCUCUUGAACACCCUUUCAGCGCAGAUGGCACCACUCGGAUUCCCGCUUCUUUCUCAUUUGAGGCUAAGUCUUGGGUCAGACCAAACAAAAAUACCUGAUCUCGAGGUCUUUUCCCUUUGUCCAGCGCUCAAAAGUAUCGAAUUUGAUUCAAUUCCGAGGUGUAAGGCCUUACAUCUACCCUGGGCAGGACUUACCCGAAUUGUUCUCAAAGAACGAGUUCGUUCGGAUUUUUUGAGGAUGCUUCUCAGUGCACCAGCCCUUCAGCACGCUGAGCUCAUCUCAGUUCUGCCGUCCCUUCAUCCCGAAGAUCCGAAUGAUGAUCCUCUGCCCAAAUCUCGCAUAAUCGAACACCACUCUCUAAAAUCUCUGGUGCUGAAAUGCAUCCCUUUCGCCGUCGUACUUGACUCUUUGUGCCUCCCAAAUUUAUCCCAGUUAACCAUUGAGAGUACUGCUCAGGCGUCCUUUGGUAACCUCCUUGGGUUCAUUCGACGCUCCAACGAAAAUUCGAAGUUGGAAAAACUGACUUUGAGUGGAAGUCUUUUCCUGACAGAACCUGAGGGUGCACUGGCAAGGUCAUUGUCGAGCUCAUCCCUUCCUUCGUCCCUGCCUCCCUCGCCCCUAUCCGAAAGUGGUCCCCCGGGAUCUCCAUUUAAUGUGAGCGAGAACAACUCUCGUUCAGCUUCAUCUCCGGACCCGAAUUUUUCUGUCCCAGUAACGGCUACUUUGGAAGACGUCUUGAAAGCCGCUUCUAGUCUUAAAACGUUGAUCUUGGAAGAUUGGACUCCUGUUCGGAACCCUUCCCCUUAUGAUCAGUUUUUCAUUGCUAUCAGUCGUUGUGGAGAUGGGGACGGAGGUAUAGGUUUACUCAAAAGUGGCGUGAGCUUUCCGGGGACCCCCGUCAUAGGUGGAAUGACUUCGGCAAUGGCAGCCAUGACCCCCGGGUUCGGUAUGACUCCAGCUUUGGGUCUCAAUCGUUCGAGCUCUUUGAGUUCUUCGAACGUGAAUGGACUUGUAGGCACUCUUCCCCCAGCAUCAGCAAUUCCGUUGCACUUGCAACGUACCGGCUCACAGUCUUAUGUCAACUCGCCGCUACCUGGUCUGCCUCCGCAUCUUGCAAAUAAUCCUCAUAUCGCUGCAGCCUCCGCACAUCUUGCGGCUGCUGGAAUUCAGUUACCACCGGGUGCAUUGACCUUAGGUAUGACUUCGACGACUGCACCGGCUAUGGUUGAUGAAACGAUGAAUCUGAAUGGAGCGCACACUCGAAGUCAGAGUCCGGGACCGUUUAGUCCUGGCUUCGCAGCCGGUCCUUCCACGUCAAACUCUGAUUUUGCUUCAGCCUUAGCCUACAGGGAGAAUUCAGACGGUCCAAGUGAUAACAGUGAGGGUGGGCGGACACCUGCUGCAAAAAAUGCCGCACAUAGUGUGUUAGGUGUGUCUUGUCGUGUUACUUUCCACUCAUUGUCCCUCUCAGUUAUUUUGUGUUCCUCGAAUUUCUCAGGUAUACCCGCUGCGUCUGAUGAAGUUCUUCUCCCCAACCUCAAGACACUCGCCAUAUCCAAUUUAUCGAAAAAUAUCAUCGAUCUGCAUUUACUUGCUGGAAUGGUCGAAUCGAGAUGGCGGGGCCAGAUCUCUGAUCAAACGCGGACUUCAGGUGACUUUAACACGGCUUCGGCAUCAGCCUCUGCAGCGGCAGCAACUACCCCAACCGGCUCUCCAUCGUCUUCCCCACCUCCAAUCGCUUCUUCUCCGCUCACUCGCUCUGUCUCUCCGUCCAUUGUUUCCUCAUUAUCCCUACACACUGAUUUGCGACUGAUUAAAAACAAGGGGUCAGUAGGGAGAAUCAAAUCACUUCAGAAGGAAACCGAAGAAGCGGCGAGAGAGGGGAGAGGGGAAAAGGUCAAAGUAUAUAUCUCUUGGCUUUCUAGAUCAUAUCUCGAUAACUCAAUCCAGUGUAUUGCUACAUAUGAAUUAUGACGAACCAUUCGCAUGUCGGUGUAUAUUUACCUUGUACCCUGAAUAAUCGCCAC